AUGAAGCUCGCUCGUCCAGCACCGUUGUCCAAGGUAGUCCGCACGAUUUGUUUGCCGAGCGAGGCGAGCGACGACGAUGGAAUCCAGCCACGAGGACGUCAACAUUGCGUCACUUCAGGCUGGGGCAGAUCGGGACCGUCGCCCUCCUUGUCGAACGCACUGCUCGAGGCGAGCGUGCCCCUGCUCGAGCUUGCCGAGUGCGUCAAAGCCUAUGGCAAAUCCGUGCCCAUUCGCGAGGGACACCUGUGCGCUGGCAACACCGACGGCUCGUCUGGCAGUUGUGUUGGCGACUCCGGUGGGCCGUUGCAGUGCCGCCGUGCCGACGGCGUUUGGCAGCUCGUCGGAGUGACGUCAUUUGGCUCGGGUUGCGCUCGGCCCGGAUAUCCCGACGUCUACACCAAGAUCCAGUAUUACAUCACGUGGAUCCGUGACACCAUCGCCAACGACAUCGAUGGAUAA